CAUUUGCAGGGCGGCGCACCUCAGCUGAGGAGGUAUUCGCAGCAUCAGUUCAUCCCAGCAUCACUUAAGUACUUUAUAAAAUCAUUUUUAAAAAAUCCACCUGACAGGUCUCCUGAUGUGCCAUUCUCAGUGCUCCUCGGGAUUUUAGGGUCUCUCGAUUACGUCGGAAGAAGGAAGUGUUGUGCCCACAUGGGCAGCGUUCUGGCUUUGUCUUCCAAUCCGGGCCAUCAGAACUGGCCUUUCUCCACCGACCCCCCUUCAUCCCGCUGGGACGCACAUCCUGCUCAUUGGGACAGUCCGCCGCGCUGGGAGAGGCGGGAUGGCCGCCUACCAAACCCAGGCAGCUUUCACUCCCUCCACAGAAGCUGCAAAGAAGUUUUUCCACAACAGAUUGAAGGUGUCAAGAUGAUCAUCAAUAAAACUCUAAGCAGCUUCUUCAAGGUCAGUCACACGCUUCACCUCAGCGCUGUCAGUCCUUCAUAUUAUCGAUUCCAUGUGGAGCAUCUGCAGUCUGAUGACUGCAGCAAGGACAAGGAUGCCCCAGCUCUGAUCGGUGAGAUGGACUCUUCAGGUAGUCUGAAUGCUCAUGCUCUGCUUCAUCUCACUGAACGUGUACGAGCCAGGACGGUGUUCCAGACCCAACAGUCGCAGUUUGUAACGUGGCAGUUUGAAACUGAGUACCGAGGGAAUGACUUUACUGCUGCGAUGACAGUAGCCAACCCCGACAUCCUCAGAGAGUCAGUUAUCCUUGUGGCACAUUUCCUGCAGAGUGUGUCCUCUGGCCUGGUGCUCGGGGGCGAACUUGUUUACCAUCGUGGAAGAGCAGAGGAAGGAGGAAUUCUGACUUUGGCAGGACAGUAUUCAAGACCAAACUGGGUAGCGACGUUGAAUGCGGGGAAAGGAGGUGCUCAUGCCAGCUACUAUCACAGAGCCAACAAACAGAUUCAAGUUGGUGUGGAGUUUGAAGCGAGCACCAGGACUCAGGAGACCACGACAUCAUUUGGAUACCAGAUGGAACUCCCUGAGGCCAACAUGGUGUUUCGAGGGAUGAUAAACAGCCGCUGUAUAAUCGGAGGCGUGCUGGAGAAGCGCCUGAGCCCGCUGCCUGCCACCCUAAUCAUGGGCGCCUUUGUAAAUCACAGAGGCGACAAGCUGCAAGUGGGCCUCGGCGUGAACGUCGGAUAAUUCUCCAAUAAACCCCCCCAAUGCAGGAAUUCCAUUUUUCCAGGACGUCCGUCCAGAGACCCGAUUCAGAGGCUUCAAAAGAACCUGGUCCUUACAGGUGUGUCAGCCUCACCACAGUUCUACUGACAAACUCUACUUACAAACUACCUCUCUUUAUGGAGGGCAUGUUUUCUGAUUUAUUGAUUAAAGGUUCAUGCACUACUGAUGCACUACUGGAGCUGAAGAAAGUUUUAAAGGACCCCUGCACCAGGCUGCACAUCACCUUCUGGACAAUGGAAAGAGAAAGGAUAAAAGACAUACUGUAUUGGUAUCUUAAAAACAUAAUUUUAUACUUCCAGUAGUCAGAUAUUAAAUGUAUAUAAAUUAUAUUUAAAGAUAAGCAUUUUUCAUAUUUUAACCCAAUAAUUGUGGUUCAUAUAUUGUUUAUCUGUUUGCCCAACAUUUCAAAUAAUUGACACACCUGAAAUCAUACAAAAAACAAAAUAUACAC